GGAGGGAUGCUUAUUCUCCUACCAAAGAAAAAAAAAGAAGCUUUUUAUUGUGCUUUUGUUUUUUUUUUGAAAGGAUCUACGUGUGAGGUUAUUAUGACAUUUUUUUCAGAAAAAAAAAAAAAGUGAGGCAUGUUACACAUAAAAACGUGGAGACUCUAAGCCACCCCAUGUGUAAGUGUAAUACUUUUUUUUUUUUUCUUGUACAUUAUUUUUUUUUUCGCGCACUUUUAAACGGCAUGGGCAAACAAAGACAAAAGAAGAAGACACCCAAGCGACGUACGAAUCCCAUUCAACGAAGACUUGAACAAGGUGUAAAAGAAGGUGCUAGUAACUUGCCUCCACCCACUACUGAACAAGUGACACCUGUUGUCCAAAGACUUUCUUCGGAAAACCCAACCGAAAGAGCUUGGUCAGCGGCUUGUAUUUCCACCUUGAUUUUAUCAAACGCUUCUACCCGAAAACUAUUGCUGUCUAAAGGUGUGGUACCCAUUCUAAUUCAACGUCUGAGUGAUCCACAACAAGAAGUUCGUGAUGAAUCGUUGGGUGCCUUACGAAAUAUUGCGUCAGUGGAUCAUAGUGUUGCCAAAGAAUAUUUCACCAGAAACAUUAUGGAACCUUUAUCCACCCUCCUUCCUCAGAUUACACAAACAAUCGAUGCUGUGAUAAAGGGAACACCCGCUCAAGAUGAAGCAGAUGCAGAUAGACGGAAGUCAAUUUGGGAUGUGACUGAAAACUUUAUUUACAUCAUUUGGUGUAUUUGUGAAGCGUCUGAUAAAUACAUCAAGGCUAUUAAUAGAAUGAAUAUCAUUACAUUCUUGACAUCAUUUUUGUUAUCAGGUGAUCAAUGCCCUUCGAGAGUGGUCGUAGCAGCAGGACAAUGCUUAAACACGCUGACGGAUGACAACAAGGAUCUGCUUAUUGAAUUUCAGAACAAUCCUCAAUACGUGGAAUCCUUAUUAAAUAUAAUCAAGCAUCCUAAUGGAAAUACCAUGGUCCAAGUCUUAUCAUGCGCUAUUUUAAUCAAUGUGCGUCAAGUAGUACGACUGACAACAUCCUGGGAUGAAGAUGUAGAUGUAGUGAAUGAACUGAAUAAAUUACUGGUACCUGUACUUAUCAAGGCACUGGAUUAUGAUAUCCAAUCUGCGGCUGUGAAUACGGUGUCUGCCGUUCAAAGUGGGAAAAUCACACCUCAUGAGGAAUCGGGAGAAAUUACCCCAAAACCUAAACAACCCUUAACAAAUGAAGAGAUUUACGUUCAGGGUGUGCAAGAUAGUCUAUCGAUCACUCAAUUGGCCCUGGAGUUAUUAGCUGACAUUUGUGUUCAUGAUGACGAUUCAGAAGAGGAUGGAUUUCAGGAAAUGGAUGAAGCCAUGGCAGAUGAGAACGAAGAAGAGGAAGAAAUAAAGGAGGAAGAGGAGGAGGAAGAAGAAGCGGAGGAAGAGUUAAUCUGGGGUAAAACAUCAUCAGCUGUAGACGAGGCCCUGAUUCAAUCGAACCCUGUUCUUCAUGCUUACAUACACCAAAUAUUCCCACAGUUGAUCCGUCUUUCUACGGCAACUCCGAUUUCUUACCAUCAAAUGAACCUUUCUCCGCUUGUCACACAGGGCCUUGUGACAACGCAUCAACGUGCUUUGGAGUGUCUCAAUAAUUUCCUCUUGACCAUGAACGACUUGCCAAAGAAAUACUGGUUUAAACAGUACAGAUCCGAUGCCGUUCAGUUAUGGCGUUGGUUAUUUGAUAUGGCCAAUCAGGUUGCAAGUAGUCAACCAGAAGAAUGGGCUAGAGAUUGUAUUUUGGAAAUUGUCAUUAGUUGUAUUUGGGCACUUGGACGUGGACUUGGACAGGAUAUACCGCUUCAUGAGACGGAUGUGGGAGCAUUAUGUGGGACCUAUGAGAUGAUUCCAUUGGAAUCAAUGCGAGUAAAAAUAGUCGGCUGUUUGGGUCCAAUUGCAAUGCGCUCAGGAGAUGUUCAGACAAACAAAACAAUCGGUAUCUUUAUUAUGAAUUUGUUAAAUGACAAGACAACCAAACCAGCUGUUGUAGUUGAAGCACUUGACUUGUUAUUUGAUGUUUACAGUGAUGCCCAAUUUGAUUAUGAUUUACAAGUAUUUGUCGAAGGCGCCUUUUUAAAUAAUUUGAAACAGAUACUCCCAUCCAUUCGUUCCAUGGUAAAAUCCAUUGAUCGUAGAAAGAAUUUUGACCUCAGAAUGAGAGGUGAUGAAGCACUAGACAAUUUAAACGCUUUUAUUAAAUAUAAAAAAACCGAGAGAAAAUAAUCUUUUUUUUUUUUGUCUAAACCAAUCAAUGUCGUUCCAUGGGAUAACAAAAAAAAAAAAAAAAAGAGUGAAAUGAUAAAAAAUAUAUGC